CAGAGCGAGCUGAUGUGUGUUAACAGGCUGAUGGUCCACCCAGUCUGAGUGUGGAGAGGGAGAGGGAGUGACUACUGAUGCUCCAGUUAAUCUGCACCGUGAGAGUCAGUGCUGUGGAGAGCAAAGCGGCAACAGGAGCAGCUGCAGCAGCAUGAGACGCCUUUUUUCUCGCACGAGCGUCAACAGCACAGAAGAGCAGGAUGGGAAAGCUACGCAGCUGAGCAAGAGGAGGAAGUGAAUGUACCUUUCUAGAAAGCGAGACGGUAGACGGCUCAACAGCCCCGUUUACUCGCAGUUGAAAGACUGUUUUUAAACUGUGGAAGAUCACAGUGUUUCCUUCUUGAGUGACAGCGACAACAACCUAAACAGAUCCAGAGGAGGAGGAGGUUCACUGUUAAAUCGUAGAGGAGGCACCAGAUCGGUUGCAGAGAUGUCCUGGUUGUCUCCGGUUCAGUGGGCCAAAUGGACGUGGUCAGCAGUGACCGGAGGUGCAGGAGGCGAUGGACAACUUGGAGAAAAGGAUGACAGAGAGGACAAUUCAGACUCGGAGGGGGCCUUCGAUACUCCAGAGGCCGAGUCUCCAGGUGUUGUGAACCUGCUAGGCCAACUGGACAACUCCAGCCACACAGAUGUUACGAAUCAAGCUCUGGACAGAAAUUCCAAUCAAGAUGUCACCCCAGCUCCAAGCCAAGACGUUGACUCCCUGAACAACUUCACUGGGUCCUCGCCGAACAAUGACACCUUCAGUUUGGAUCAGAACCUUAAUUUGACCCUGAACGGCAAACCUGGUUCUGGGCAAGGUUCGUCUCCAUCCUGCCCUCUGCCUCACACUCCGCCUAUCCGGCCCCCGUCUCUGCCUGUUGUCUCUCCGAUGAUCAAACCGGAUCCGACAGAGGUGGAUGACGAGCCCCCGCUGACGUCUGACUCCAGCACGGACUCAAGCUUGACCAUCAGUCAGGACAUUUGUGUGGAUGCUGACUUGCUCAAUGGCAACAUGAAAUCAGACACAAAUUUGACCUGUGGGACCAACAACUCAAUUAUCACGACUGCUGAGCAAGUCCAUUUCGUGUGUGUCCUGUUGAACUCUUGUAAGGUGAAGCAGAACCAGCAGACACAGAAGGACCCAAAAAGACAGGAUGACCAUCAUGGAGGCCAUGCCACAGAUGAAGAGAAGCUGGCGAGCAGUGCUGGCGUCAAAGCAGAGAUGGACGACAUGCAAGAGUGUCAUGUGACAUCCAAACCCGUGGAGUUGGACUGCAGCUCUGAGCAGUUUGAAGACACGUGCAAGCUGAAGAGCUCAUCGGGGGGAAGUGAGAUGCAAAAAACAGGAAGUCAGGUCCUGGAUUCCAUCUGCAUCAGUGAGGCAGAAAAACAGGCAGUUCUCACCCUUAUCAGAGAGGAGAUCAUUACCAAGGAGGUUGAAGUCAAUGACUGGAAGACAAAGUGUGAACAGUUCAAACAAGAAGUCGUUGAGAUGAGGAAGAUUGUUGCAGAAUAUGAGAAGACGAUUGCUCAGAUGAUUGAGGAUGAGCAGCGCAACACCCUGAGCUCCCAGAAGGCUCUGCAUGCUGUGACUUUGGAGAAGGAGGCAGCCAUGGCAGACUUGAACUCUGUGGAGCGCUCUCUCUCAGACAUGUUUAGGCGCUAUGAAAACAUGAAGAGCACCCUAGAAGGCUUUAAGAAAAAUGAAGAGGUGCUGAAGAAGUGUGCUCAGGAUUAUCUGGCCAGAGUAAAGCAGGAGGAGCAGAGAUACCAGACACUAAAGCUCCAUGCAGAGGAGAAACUAGACAAGGCCAACGAGGAGAUCGCUCAGGUGCGUUCAAAGGCGAGUGCAGAAAACACGGCGCUAACUGCCAGCCUGAGGAAGGAGCAAAUGAAGAACGAGUCUCUGGAACAAGCCCUGCAGCAUAAGAAUCAAGAGAUUGAGGAACUCACAAAGAUUUGUGAUGAGCUGAUCGCCAAAAUGGGAAAAAUAGACUGAGAGGUACACUUGAAACAGCCCGCAGCAUCACUCCAGCCCUGCCCUCAUCCCUGCUGUGGUGUCCUGUGUAUGCCCACAGGCAAGAAGCAGCUCUCGUACCGUAUCCUGUGCCAAUCCUGCAUCUCAGAUCCUGCUAUAUUGUACAGAUGUCUGAAGUAACUUCCUGUAUCUUGCAAUUGCACUACAUUUGAACAGAAUCUAUAAAGUCCUGCACAUAUUAAUAACCUGUUAUCACUUUUAUUUGCAUUUUGUGUCCAUUUUGAGGCAAUCCGGAGCCCUUUCGCUUUUGUCCGUGACAUCAGCAAACAACAACCUCCCUUUGUACUCAGUUAUAUUCCCGGCAGUUUAAGGCCCAAAUUCCCAGUAACCUGCGUGCAGAAUGACGUUAGUUUAAAUGCAGGCCUGCCUAGGUUUGUUGUGAAGUUUACAUGUCGGCUUGUGUCGACAGUGGGCUUCUGAUGAGGAUUAUUUUGUUUUGAAGCAGUCCUUAAAAUUUAUUUUUCUAUGAAGUUUGCACAGAUUUUAUUCUGAAAGAGCAAAGCUCAGGGGUAGUGUUUUUGGAUGCAGAAUGAAGUCGCAGUUAAGGGAAGUGCACAUGAAGAGGAGCGGAGGAUUGUGUUGGGUGCACGGUGUAUAGCAGUCCUCAGAGGCCUUGGUUUAUUUGAGAAUGACCCUGAAAACAAGCUGCCAGUUGUAUAUCGCUUUUGCUUCCUCAUGGGUUACAAUACAACACUUUAGUGAUUCUGGAUGAUUCAAAUUGCUGCAGAAUGUUUAUUACUCACAGAGAUACAUAGAAAUCUGACAAUCAUAGAUCUUCCUGGACUGUGUAUUUUGUUAGCAAUGUUUUGUUCGAUUCACAAAUUCUGCUCCACUGCUGUCUGCUAUCUAAGGAUUGGUAAUCCCGAACAACUGGAAAACAGAUGAAUGAAAUGGUCAGUCCUUCAUAUGACUGAAGAAAUUUAAAUUAGAGAAUUAGAGAUUGCUGCUAUGUGUCAAGAGUUUUUGUUUUUUUAUUAUUUCUUUUUGAUUAACACGUAGGUCACUGAAUGUCAUUUACUUCCUACCAUGACAGAACAUGACAGCGUUGUGAGGUUUUGUUUUGCGUGCUAUAAACACGUGAGCCCUCAUGGCUGCAUUUACAACAAACAAUAGUUACUCUGCAACUAAAUGUUACUUUGCAUGUUUGUUAACUUCCUGGCAUUUCUCAGAGGUUCAUGUUCUUUACUUUUUUUGUCUUGCCAAACAUGCCAAUCGACACAGUGUUGUGAUUUAGAUAGCUGUGAGUUAUUCAAUGGAUUUUCUUUUUUUUUCUUCUUCUUUUAAAGAAGUUUGUGCCAAUUUGGUCAUUUUUCUGCUUUUCUUUGAAGAAAAUAAGUGAAACAUCUCUGGACCACAUCCAUUUAUGGGAGGAUUAUCAAACUCCUUUUUGUCUCACUAUAAUAAAGCAUAAUGAAAUUGCAAAUCCAUUUUUAGUGCUUAAAUCAACAGAUUUUGAUCAAUGAAACUGAAUUAUAUCUUUUUUUGACAAUCAUAUCUUCAAUUCUCAUUUCUGUCGAGCCAGUCACUUUUGCAAAAGUUUUAUUUGUGAUAAUCAUGAAAUGAUUUCAUAGUAUCCACCCACUCAUGUGCCACCAUGUAUAUUUGUGCCAAUUUGAUGUCACGUUACCUCUCGUUACUCAGACACUUAGUCUGUUAUGGAGUAUAGUUUUGCAACUUAAAUCACUUUCUGUAAAGUUUGUCUGAGCAGUGUGAAUAUGUAGAUUGACUUGAAUAAACACAUUUUGUUUCUUCUA